GCUUCAACCAAACAGAACAGACAGAAAAGACUAUGAACGCUGUCUCUUCGCUUUUCCUUGAAACAAUUGAUAUUUUCCCCCAUUUUUCUCCCUCCGCUUGAAUCCCAAUCCGACCACCCCACUUGCUCGCUCUUCGGACAAUCUCUUGAAUCAGUCCACAGAGAGGGAGAUUUCUUGCUCCGAAGGAAGAGAAGUGUGCUUGGGUCAGCUGACUCGGAGAAUGAUCCUAAAGCUGGUUUUUAUACAUUGAGGUCAUCUUUAAGAGCGUUGCGGUUCUUUGAUGGCAUCUCAUGCAUCAAAUCUUUCAUGUGGGCGGCCUCAUCAAGGUGCAUUUACUGAUGCUUUAUACAAAGAGCUGUGGCAUGCCUGUGCUGGCCCUCUUGUCACCCUUCCUCGAGAGGGAGAGCAUGUCUAUUAUUUUCCACAAGGUCACAUGGAGCAGCUUGAAGCAUCAACGAACAGAGGCUUGGAACAGCAAAUGCCUUCUUUCAAUCUGCCCUCUAAAAUCCUUUGCAGGGUAGUCAAUAUUCAGCUCCGGGCCGAACCUGAAACAGAUGAAGUUUAUGCACAGAUAACUCUGCUACCUGAUCCUGAACAAAAUGAAGUCACAAGCCCAGAUCCUCCCCUCCCAGAGCCUCCAAGGUGCAAGGUGCAUGCCUUUUGCAAGACGCUUACCGCUUCUGACACGAGUACUCAUGGGGGAUUUUCUGUCCUACGGAGGCAUGCUGAAGAGUGUCUGCCACCCCUAGAUAUGUCCCAGCAGCCUCCUUGGCAGGAAUUGGUUGCAACUGAUCUACAUGGCAAUGAAUGGCAUUUCCGACAUAUUUUUCGAGGGCAACCUAGGCGCCACCUACUCACUACUGGAUGGAGUGUCUUUGUGAGCAACAAGAAGUUGGUAGCUGGCGAUGCCUUUAUAUUCUUGAGGGGUGAAGAUGGAGAGUUGCGCGUUGGAGUUAGGAGAUUAAUGAGACAGCAAAGCAACAUGCCAUCCUCUGUUAUAUCUAGUCACAGCAUGCAUCUUGGGGUUCUGGCCACUGCAUCUCAUGCCAUUGCAACUGGAACUCUCUUUUCUGUUUUCUACAAGCCAAGAACAAGUAGGUCAGAGUUCAUUGUGAGUCUCAAUAAAUAUCUUGAAGCACGGGCCCACAAGCUAUCCAUUGGAAUGAGGUUUAAGAUGAAAUUUGAAGGUGAAGAAGUUUCAGAAAGAAGGUUCAGUGGCACAAUCAUUGGUGUUGGAGACAGCAUGUCAUCUGGAUGGACUGAUUCUGAAUGGAGAUCCUUAAAGGUCCAAUGGGACGAACCUUCAUCAAUCUUGCGUCCUGACAGAGUUUCACCGUGGGAAUUGGAGCCACUUGUUGUGACUGCUCCUUCUAAUUCCCAACAAGUACAAAGGAACAAGCGAGCACGGCCACCUGCUUUACCAUCAUCAGUGACAGAACUUCCUGUGUUUAGUGCGCCUAAAGCUCCUGAGAAUUCUUCAGAUUUUCCAUAUGGCGAUUCCCAGAGGGGAAGAGAUGUCUAUCUCUCUCCCAAGUUUUCUCCAUCUGCUAGGUCAAAGUCUGUUAGUUACAAUGGGAAUGGUUCACCAGCUGCUUUAUCCGGCUACACAGUCAACUGGUCUAGCCAUGUGGAAACUACGACCGAUCCAUGUACACCAGUUAAUGGGAAAGAAUCUAGUGAAAAGAGAGAGAAUGGUGGUAGUGGCUGCAGGCUAUUUGGCGUUCAGCUACUUGACAGUGCCAAAAAAGAAAGUUUAUCAGUAACCUUGGCUGUAGGACAGAGGGACGAAGAUAAAACUGCUCUCUCUGUGGAUGGUGAUUCCAAAGAGCACCAAGAACCCUCAUGUAUGAAUCAUUUUGACAAUCCUUCUGCAUGUUAUGAUCCAGAGAAAUCAUGCCCCAAUUCUUCUCAGGAUCUACAAAGCAGGCAAAUUCGGACUUGUAUUAAGGUUCACAUGCAAGGAAUUGCUGUUGGGAGAGCUGUCAAUUUGGCACAGUUUAGUUGUUAUGAGGACCUGCUCAUACGAUUUGAAGAAAUGUUUGAGAUUGAAGGCGAGCUCUGUGGAUCAAUGAGAAAAUGGCAGGUUGUCUAUACUGACGAUGAAGAUGACAAGAUGAUGGUUGGAGAUGAUCCAUGGCAUGAAUUCUGCAGAAUGGCAAAGAAGAUUUACAUUUACACUACAGAGGAAGUAAAGAGGUUGUUGCCCAAAAUAAAGCUUCCGGUUGAAGAUGUCAGCCCAGCCAAUGUAGGGUCUGAUGUUGCGGUCAACACUGAUGAUCGCUCAUCGGUUGUGGGUUCUGGCUGCUGAUGUCAUGCCUCUAGUAAUGAUACUGCCAUGUAGGAAGAGUGGUAUGCUUCAUUUUCUGCGUGCAGCUUGUAUUGCGAAAGGUGAGCAGCAUUGUCUUUCAAUUUUGCUCUGUGAUUGAAGUUGUGAUUGUAUAUAUCUGAUCAGUCUUGUUGUAACUUGAACCUCCUGUAUGGGUUUUAAUGGCAAGUUAGUGGAAAACACGUGAAAGAUAAAUGUAUUGUUCCGUGGUA